CCGCCGCCUCUCGCGGCUCCACAUCGCCUCCAGGCUCACACAGCGGCUGCACUCAUGGACCCGGCUCGGGGUCGGGUGACCUUUGAGGACGUAGCUGUGUACUUCUCCUGGAAGGAGUGGGGGCUCCUUGAUGAGGCUCAGAGGCACCUGUACUGUGAUGUGAUGCUGGAGAACUUUGCACUUGUGGCCUCAUUAGGUUGUUGGCAUGGAGCGGAAGCAGCCUCUCCCGAGCAGGGUGUUCCUAUAGAAGGACUGUUCCCGUGUGGGACCCUUGGGGAAGGUUCUUGUACCCAGAGGGCCAAAAUCGGUGACAUGUGUGGCCGAGUUCUGAAAGACAUUUGGCAGCACACUGAGCAUCCAGGAACAGAGCCCAGGCAGAAAGCACACGCGUGUGAUACAUGUGAAAAAGGCUUCCGGAUCAGGGCACACCUUCACAAACACCGCAAGGAGCGUAGUGGAAUGAAAUCCUUCAGUUGGGACAAGAAAAGGGUCUUAUUUGUUAAGAGCUUGAGUGUCCCCCUGUCAGAGAAGCCCGUCACAUGCAGGGAGUUGGGUAGGAAUGUCCGGGACAGCCAUGAUCCCUUGCAGAACCAGAUCACCCACAGUGGAGAGAAGCCACGCAUGAACGUUGAACCUAGGAAAGGUUUCCCACACAGCUCUAACCUUGGGCAGCAGGAGGGAGUCCACACUGGACAAAAGGCCUUCAGGUGCAGUGACUGUGGAAAGGUCUUCUCCAAGGCCUUUGCUCUCCUCGACCAUCUGAUAUCUCACACUGAAGAGAGACCCUGUAGUUGCCCGACCCGUGGAAAUGCCUCCAAGGAGAAAUCGGCCUGUGCUAAUCAACCAAAGUCUCAUACCGGAGAAACAUCCCAUGUGUGUCAUGAAUGUGGAAAGACUUACAGUUAUGUGUCUCUACUGAGGAUGCAUCAGAAAGUUCACACUGGAAAAAUCCAUUACAAGUGCAGUGAAUGUGGGAAAGCUUUCACCCGUAAGCAUUCACUCAGGCAGCACCAGAGAAUUCACACUGGAGAGAGACCUUACGAAUGCAGCCACUGUGGGAAAGCCUUCACUCGCAACUUCCAUGUUGUUCGGCACCAGAAAAAAAUCCACACUGGAGAAAGGCUUUACGAGUGCAGUGAAUGUGGGAAAGCGUUCAUUAACAGCUCCCAUCUUGUUCGGCACCAAAAAGUUCACAACACAGAAAGACCUUAUGAGUGCAGUGAAUGUGGGAAAGUCUUCCGACAGACCUCCAAACUUGUUCUGCAUCAAAGAAUUCACACUGGAGAAAGACCUUAUAAGUGCAACCAAUGUGGGAAGGCUUUUAGUUGCCCCUCCAACCUCGUUCCACACCAACGAAUUCACACUGGAGAAAAGCCUUACGAAUGCAAUGAAUGUGGGAAAGCCUUCAGUCAAAGCUCUGCCCUUAUUCAGCACCAGAAAGUUCAUACCAGAGAAAGACCUUACGAAUGCAAAGAAUGUGGGAAAGCCUUCAGCUAUAGCUCUAACCUUGCUAAGCACCGGAAAGUUCAUACUGGAAAAAGACCUUAUGAGUGUGGGCAGUGUGGGAAGGCUUUCAGUGAGAGUUCUAUCCUCAGUCAGCAUCAGAGAGUUCACACUAGAGAAAGGCCUUAUGAGUGCAACAAAUGUGGGAAAGCUUUCCGCUACAGCUCCAAUCUCUCUAAGCACCAGAAAAUUCACACAGGAAAGAAGAAGUCUUAUCAGUGCAGUACACCUGGGAAAACCUGUCCCUCCCAUUUAGUACCCGAACGGUCACACCAGGGCAGUAAGUGUGGAAAAGCAGCUAGCUCUGGCUUUGUCUCUGUUCAGAAUAAAAGGACUCACUCCUGA